UUUCUUUCUUUCUUUCUUUCACUUCAGACUUUCUCCCCCGAAUGUAAACUCCAUUCUUCUUCAACAAUCAACCCUCUUCUCACUCCACCUGCCACAACCUGCAUUCUCUCUCUCUCUCUCUCUCUCUCUCUCUCUCUCUCCGCCUUGUCUCUCUUUAAUGUAAGUACGUUGUUCGAUCUUGAAAAAGUACAGUUGUGGUUGGUUAUUGGCCUUCCGGUCAAAUUGGAUGGGCAAUGCAAACGGAAGAGAAGACGCAGCCAAUGACGGGACCCCAAUGAACGAUCCCUCCGCGGCAAAGUCCAACGGUGAUUUAAUGGCUAACUCGCCGGCCCAGGGUGGCUCUGGACUCUCUCGAUCCCCUCUCUUGUUCGCUCCUCAGGUUCCCGUAGCUCCUCUGCAAAGGAAUGAGGGCCCUCCCGUUGUUAAUCAGAUGUGGCAGAAUGAACCUCAUGGUGCUGUUGAUCUUCCUCUUGAGCGAGGAAUACCUACUUUGAUAACAUGGAGCUAUGGUGGUAAUGAUGUUGCCGUGGAAGGAUCUUGGGAUAACUGGGCUUCACGGAAAUUGCUACAAAGAUCUGGCAAGGAUCACUCCAUUCUUCUGGUCCUCCCAGCGGGCAUAUACCAUUACAAGUUCAUCGUGGAUGGCGAUGGGAGAUAUAUUCCAGAUCUUCCCUUUGUAGCUGAUGAGAUGGGUCAUGUUUGCAAUCUUCUUGAUGUGCAUGAUUAUGUGCCAGAGAACUUUGAAAGUAUUGUUGAGUUGGAGGCUCCACCAUCACCAGAAUCCAGCUACAGUCAAGAUUUGCCGAGGGAGGAGGAUUUUGCUAAGGACCCAGUGGUAGUUCCAUCCCAGCUAAAUCUAACAGUACUAGGAAUGCAAAAUCCAGAAUUGUCGUCUCUGUCAAGGCCCCCACAUGUUGUGCUUAACCACGUGUACCUAGAGAGAGGAUGGGCAUCUCAGUCUGUGGUUGCUCUUGGUUUAACCCACAGGUUUGAAUCCAAGUACGUAACUGUUGUUCUCUAUAAGCCCCUCAGAAGGUGAACCAACCUUUUGUCUCUGCGCUUAACUCUGGAGAACCAGAGGAAAAAUGUUGUGGCUUUCACGAAUACUGUAAAUAGAACUGACACUUCUUUUCUUUUUCUGCCUAUGUUUGUUGUGGGACUGUACAUUUUUGUGUUGUGUAGUUUUCAUUGCAUUUUUGUGUUGUGUAGUUUUCAUUGCAUUUUUAGCUUUUAGAGGUCUUCUGUUGCAUGUGUAUGUACUUUGUGAAAUGAACUCAACAGAGAAGAGGGAAGGUAUUCUCAAUCCUCCCUCUUCGCUCGGGCUCUCAAUUAUCACUUUGGCGACAAUUUGAGAUAUUUUUUAAAGAGGCCUUCAUGCUUUGACUUGAGA